CCAACUUUGGUGGAGAAAGGAGUACAAAAUCGAUUAAAGACUCAAUUUCAAAACAAAUUUGGCAAAAUGCUGAGAAAUCUAAGGCAACACUUUUCCCGAACUAAUUCCAACCCCUCCUCCUCAGACCCUCCACCCCCAUAUUCUUCCCUCCUCCCCCUCGUAACCCGGAUCCCGGGUGACGAUCCCACCCCCAAGGAACUCGCCCUCGAAGUAUCCCAGCAUGCCGACACAGUCCUCAUCUCGAUCAAACCCCCCCACGGCGUCAUCCGACCCCCCGUCAACAUCUGCUGCGUUGUCGACAUUUCCGGCUCCAUGAGCGAAAUGGCCACCUUCCGCGACGAAACUUCCGGCGCGGUGGAGAGCGACGGCCUGGAAAUCUUGGACCUGGUCAAACACGCCAUGAAAACCGUCAUGGCCACCAUGACCGAUUCGGACACCUUGUCGAUCGUCACAUUUUCCUCCGAUGCCCGGGUUGACCUCGCCCCCACCAAGAUGACCCAGAUUGGAAAGGAUGACGCCACCCAAGUUAUUGACUCCAUGGUAACCGAAGGUUCCACCAAUUUAUGGGGUGGCCUGGAACGCGGCUGGGACACGAUUCGAGGUCAAGGUCAAGGUCAAGUCCAAGGUCAAAUCCAGUCAAUCUUUCUAUUCACGGAUGGCCUCCCCAACAUCAUCCCGCCUCGCGGCCAUCUCCCCAUGAUUUCGCAAUAUUUAGACAAACACGGGCUGCCCUGCGCAGUGAACACGUUCGGGUUUGGUUACUCUUUAGAGAGUGAGCUCCUCGAUCAAAUCUCCCGCAUGACGGAUGGCUCCUUCACCUUCAUUCCGGACGCGUCCUUUGUCGGGACAGCUUUCAUCAAUGCUACCGCCAAUCUUUACACGGUUAUGGCCACAAAUGCUAAGGUCAAGGUCAUGUCGACCUCCGCCGUUAGGGUGGCGGGAGGCCACAAAAAUUCAGUAAGCACCACGUGGGGAACAGAAAUUCGGGUGGGGAACGUCCACUACGAUCAGAGUAGAGAUAUCAUCUUGCAAACUAAUUCACCGGAUGAAAAACUCGUCGUCAUUCUGGACUAUGAAAUUCCCGCCGGCGGGAAAAAAUUGAAUAAUGAACAGGAAAGCAAAAUAGUGGCUCAGGAGAAUGUUUUAAAAUUGCGGGAGAUACAGCAUCACAAAUUCAGAUACCAUUUCAUCGACACGAUUUAUGAGGAACUUAAUGAAUCUGGCCCUCGAAAUGAAGCUCCCGCUAAUCCCAGUCAAAUUUUGGAUGGUAUUACGGUACCCAUGGAAACGGCACCAGCUGACCGUUCCCCCAUGACCAUUGACCUUCUCAAGGACAUCCAAGGUCAAGUCAGGGAAGCCUUGCAGCCCGAUUAUUUCUCCCGAUGGGGUCGCCACUAUCUCUUCUCGCUCCUAGCGGCACAUCGGGACCAACUCUGUAACAAUUUUAAAGACCCGGGUGUCCAACAUUACGGGGCAGGAGCCUUAUUUCAAGCACUCAGGGAUAAUUUUGACGCCACAUUUAACCUUCUCCCGGCUCCCAAACCGAGCCGGCAAGGAACCCGAGGGGAUCGGGGGGUCAAUAUGAAUUACUAUAACAACGCGCGAGGUCCCUGCUUCCAUGGGGACUGCAUCGUUCCCACGGCGGACGGUUUUAAAAAAGUUGCGGAUCUUUCCCCAGGGGAUAUGGUGGCGACCACCCCAGUGGGGAAGUCUGCUGCCAGGGUAACCUACAUCGUCAGAACGGUCAUCCCCGAAGGGCAGACUGACCUCGUGGUUUUCCCUGGGGGCCUGAAGAUUACUCCGUAUCACCCUGUCCUCCAUGAAAACGGGGAGUGGAAGUUCCCUGGAGAUAUAUACCCGUCCCAAAGGAUACCCUGCGACGCGGUAUAUAGUAUCGCAUUAGAUGGGAGUUCCUCUAUAGUAAUCAACUGGGUGUCUUGUGUUACCCUGGGUCAUGGAGUCAAAGGUGAUGUGCGUGAACAUCCCUACUUUGGGAGCGAGCUUGUAAUCAAGGAUAUGGAGAAGGCUGGAGGAGAAAGUGCUAAAUUAAUUUGUAAAGGGAUUAUCCGAGACCCCGUUUCCGGUUUGGUUUGCGGAAUGGAGCUGGAGAGAGAAGGUAUGGAGGAGAUGCCUUGCCACGUCAAAAUUUGUAAGAUUGAAGACACCCCCUCGUUUCAACCCGCAGUGAAAGGAAAUGACGCAGUCCACCGCUAAUACAUAAAACAAUGCGACCUGUAAACAGGCCCAAACCCAUUUUAAUUUCUGAUUCGCAUGGACUUAAUUUAUUUAUUUACUUGAUUUUUCAUUAAUCAUGUAACUAUGUAAUUAAUUACACGAUUGUGAUCUAUUUUGUUCCUCAUAUUUAGUCCUGAAUCAAAUAAAAUUUUGUUGCAAGAUGAUAUAAAAUG